UGGAAGCCUACGAGCAAGCAUUAUUUAAUAAUUUGUCUCCGGUAAAAGUUUUAAAACACAAAUCCUUUUAAAAAUGAACAGCGCUGUUGCUAUUUUCCUGUGCGUCGUUAUUGGUUUGGCUUCUGCCACCGAAUACAAACUUCGUACAGCCGAGGAUCUGCAGAAGACCCGCAAGGAAUGUGCUGAGGCGAACAAAGUCACUGAGGCUUUGAUUGCCAAGUACAAGACCUUCGAAUAUCCCGAUGAUGAGAUCACACACAAGUACAUCAAAUGCAUUUUCAACAAAUUCGAGCUCUUCGACGACACCACUGGCUUCAAAGUAGACAACCUUGUGAAGCAACUCGGCCAGGGUAAGGACGACAAGGCUGCUCUGAAGGCUGACAUUGAGAAGUGUGCCGACAAGAAUGAACAGAAGUCUGAUGCGCCCACCUGGGCAUACCGUGGCUUCAAAUGUUUCCUUGGCAAGAAUUUGCCUUUGGUCCAGGCAGCAGUUCAGAAGAAGAACUAAAGAGCUGAGAAUACCGGUGUAGUUCUUGAGGUAGCCCGCUAUGGAGCCUUAAGGAAAUAGCCAGCAAAGGAUAAAGAUCAAUCCAACAAGCCACAAACGCAUCAUCUAUCCCAGACCAAUUAUGAAGCGCAUUUAAUAUUCAAUCUUAAAUAUUUUGGCUUUGCACCUUUCUCUAAUAAUAAAAAAGAUCAUUUAUAAAUGAGAUA